ACCCUCAAUAAUCAUAAUCUUUACAAUUGUUUUCUCUCUUAUCUUGUAACUGCAAUAAGAAGAAGCUAAAAAGAUCAUUAUGUCUGUUAGAAUAUUAACGAAGAAAACUAUUUAUCUGAGGGCCGGUAACCGUCUCUCCAUAUCUACCUCUAUGGUGGAUCAUUCUAACCAAAAUAAUAACAUGUUGACAAAACCAAAAGGGAGUAACCAUCAUCCCUUGAUUAAACCCAAAUUACCGAUCUCUUAACUUUCAUUUAUAAUUUUUUCAAUAUAGAAAAAAAAAAAGGCAAUCAGAUAUUUUUAAAAUUAAAAAGAAAAGUGAAGGUUAGGACAUUGGGAAUAGAAGAAAUGCAAAAUUACCACAUUUUACGGGGAAUUAUAUUAUCAUGUUUAUUAUUAUGCGUGGCUUGCUUCAACGGUGCGGUACACGAAGCAGGUUUAACGUGUGGGUCUUAUCAAUACCCUGGUGAUAAUGGCGGCAACAAGUUGAUGCAAAAUUGGAUGAUUGCAAUGGACGGUGUGUCGUUUCAGGUGAAAGAACACGGUUGGGGAGCACAAACAUUAGUUGGAAAUUGGCAUCCAAUGUACGCAUUAGGACAAUGCCACCGCGAUCUGAAUCCCACACAAUGCUACGAUUGUUUCACACAAGCGAGACAAUUAUUAUCGCGGUGUGUCCCAAAGGUUGCGGGGAGAAUUUACCUUGACGGUUGCUUCCUUCGUUAUGACAACUAUACAUUCUUUGAUGAGAGUGUGGACUCCAAUCGCGAUACAAACAUGUGUGGGACGACAGAAAAGGGAGAAACGACUCUCAAACGAGUUGCAUCGUUGAUCUCGAACGUGAGCAAGAGUGCAGGGGAACAUAGGUUUGCGGUGGAAGGAGAGGGUGGUGUGUAUGCGUUGGCACAAUGUUGGGAGACGGUGGAUAAAUGGAGUUGCCAGAGAUGUUUGAGAGAAGCAGGGAAAAAAGUGCAGGGAUGUGUGCCUGCUCCUGAGGGUAGAAGCUUGUUUACUGGUUGUUUUAUGAGGUAUUCAACCCGUAAAUUCUACAAGGACGUGGUUGCACAAAAUGACGCACAAACUACUCCUCCUCCUCCUCGAGACAGGCACAUUAAUGUUUGGAUAAUCAUUGCAUGUGUCAUAUCGGCAAUUGCAGUCAUCUUACUUAUUGUCCCUAUUGCAUUUCUAAGCAGGAGGAAAAUGGUAUCACAUGAAAAAAGCAACAACCAUUUUGGCGGGUCGCCUAGCUUUGCCUAUGUAGCUGGUUUCAGUUUUAGGUACGAUGUGCUUGAGAAGGCCACAAAUUAUUUUGAUGUGACAAAUAAAUUAGCACCAAAGGGAGAAGAAGAUGGUUCUAUGUUCAAAGCAACACUCCCCACAGGAAGAACUGUUGCUGUUAAACGUUUAUCUUUUGAUACACGACAAUGGACAGAUGUUUUAUUCAAUGAAGUAAAUUUGAUUAAUGGGAUUCAACAUAAGAAUGUGGUGAAACUUUUGGGGUGCAGCAUUGAUGGUCCUGAAAGCUUGUUGGUUUAUGAAUUUCUGCCUAAUAAAAGUCUUGAUCAAAUCCUUUUUGAUAAGGACUCAAAAAAUGUUGUGAGUUGGGAGCAACGGUUUCAAAUCAUAUGUGGGAUAGCUGAAGGCUUAGCAUACCUUCAUGAAGGCUCUGGAACAAAGAUUAUUCACAGAGACAUAAAGUCCAGUAACAUUCUUCUUGAUGAGGCUCUUAAUCCAAAAAUUGUUGAUUUUGGUCUUGCUCUUUGUGUUGCUAAAAAUAAAUCUAAUCUUAACACUGGAACUGCAGGGACACUGAGAUAUAUGGCUCCUGAGUGUCUCAGUCAAGGACAAAUGACAGAGAAGUCAGAUAUAUAUGCUUUUGGUGUGAUGGUUACUGAAAUUGUUUGUGGUAAAAAGAAUAGUGCUUACCCUCAAGGGUCAAAUUCAGUACUCCACUCUGUGUGGAAGAGUUUCAAGGAAAAUAAUAUCACAACAUCUGUCGAUCCCAGUCUGCAAGGAAAAUGUGUGGUCGAAGAGGCAUCAAGUGCACUUCAAAUUGGUCUUCUUUGUACACAAUCUUCUGCUACUCUUAGACCAUCCAUGUCAGAAGUAGUUCAAAUGCUAACAAAAAAAGACUACAUUAUUCCAUCACCAAAGCAACAACCAUUCCUUAAUUACACAGUGCUUACUUUAGAUGACCGCACUUUAGCUUCCACCAUGAGCAUUACGUCAAAUGGGCAUGCAAGUACAAGAUCAUCUUUCCAUAGCACCACUAGUUCUUUACACCCAGGUGAAGAUGCAACACUACUAGAGAGUCGUUUUUCUACUUCUGGCAGGUUCACUAAUUCAGAGAGCCCUGAUUUAAGUAUCCAAGUAAAUAUGCUGGUACCUCAACCAAGGUAGAAUAUGAACUUCAAAAACUCAUGAUUUGUGGUCAUCAGGAUGGACAUGUUUUGUUAAUUGAGGAUUUGUAGUUCAUGAUGCAUGUAUCCUUCUCAUCAUAUUUAAAAGUAUUUCACCAUUUUAAAAUUAUUUA